AAGAACUUUCCCGACCCACGGGCGGUCGACUCCGGGUCUACUCGACCCGCCUCCACCUUGAGCCAGGGACCAGGGUCUACGUCUCCCCUUCUCAAUUAGAAGGCAGACGCUAGGAUAGUGUUUGUAUCGGUGGAAGGAGACCUCGUCGCCGUCGCCAGGAUUUCGAGAGAUCCCUAGAGUUCCCGAUUUCGAUAUAUUCUUCACGAGAUGGCUCGUGUUUAUGUCGGCAAUUUGGAUCCGCGAGCUACUGCCCGGGAACUUGAAGACGAGUUUCGGGUGUUUGGGGUUUUACGAAGUGUAUGGGUUGCUAGGAAGCCACCGGGUUUUGCUUUCAUUGACUUUGAUGACCGCAGGGAUGCUCAGGAUGCAAUUCGUGAACUUGAUGGUAAGAAUGGAUGGAGAGUUGAGUUGUCCCAUAACUCAAGUGGUGGCAGCCGUGGUCGUGACCGUUAUGGAGGUUCUGAUAUGAAGUGUUAUGAGUGUGGUGAGCCUGGUCACUUUGCCCGUGAAUGCCGUUUGCGAAUAGGUCCUGGAGGAUUAGGCAGUGGAAGGCGUCGUAGCCGAAGUCCCAGAUAUCGUAGGAGUCCAAGCUAUGGCAGAAGGAGCUACAGUCCUCGUGACCGCUCUCCAAGGCGCCGCAGUGUGUCACCUCGUGGGCGCAGUUACAGCAGGUCACCACCAUAUCGCCGUGGCCGUGAUGAAUCACCGUAUGCGAAUGGUGCUUGUUGUGCAGAAACUCUGCUGCCAGAUAUAGGCGUCGCAGUAGGAGUUGAGCACCGAUACUAUGGCUUGAUACUCCAUCUUUUUCAACAAUAGCUCCGUGGGCUUUGUUGGCUGUGAACUGUGUUCUAUUUGAGCGACACUCAGCAACGACUGCUUGAAUUUGGAUAAGUUACUUAACUUUAAUUACCUUUCUAUACAUGUCUCCUAUCAUAUGCCAAAUAGUUUGUGGUUUUUGUAGUGUUAAGGAAUAGGGAGAUUUAUGAUAGGGAUGAUGCAAUGCAACUAAGAUCCAUAUCUUCUUUUCUUUUGUGUGUUGAGGAUGGGUGGUCCUGCUUAACGACGUGGUUUUGUUCUUCGCUCGCACUCACCUGCUAUCUUCGAACAAAUUGCGAUAUCUUCUUUGCUUCUUGCUCUAGAUGCUUCUCCGUGCUUGAUAUUCUUCAGCUGCGAUGCUGCUUCUUUCGAAACUUGUAACGGCCCUUCCCUUCCUCGCUUGAAGGUUUGAGGAGCUACUAACCCAAAUGUUUUCUGAAAAAAAUUAGGCAAUUCCGAUUUACUUCCUAGACCUACAGGUCUGCUGGAUUGUCGCUCACUCGCAGUUUCGAAGGUGAGAAAAACCUAAAACUGCAUCCUGUUUAUUGGAGGGUCGAUCUGGCUUCUUUCUUCGGCUGCAAAGUGUAGUUGAACAUUUGGGAAUGAAAGUCCAUGCUGGGUUGUGGGCUGUAUCGUCUUGUGUUUUCAUUAUUGAGUCAUUGGUGAUCAAUGGUCAAGAAGGAUUUUAUCACUUAACAAAAAUUGCUGCCCCUUCAAGUUCAUUUUCUCACAUGGUCAUUUCAUUUGCAUUUUAAUUCAACAUCACUUUGGUUUUU